AUGCCGCGCGUGCAACUAGCCAGCGGUGUCGAGUACGCAGCCUCUGUGAUAAGCUCCGUGGCCCAACCAACCUCGGCUUCAUCCGUUGGCUGUAUCUUCACUCUGCCAGCCGCCAACUCUCCAGCCCGUCGCGUCGCCUCGAACGCCACGUAUGCCGCUUCGUACAGCUGUUCGACGGAGAUGACGGGUUGA